UGUAUAAAUAAUCCCUCUUUCAUGAGCUUUUUCAUCAUCAAGGACAAGCAUUAUCAGUUCAACCAUCUAAAGUCUCUAAAUUUCUUUUCUACUUUCUCAUUUUCAAUCUUCCAAAAAACAAAUGGCAAUGCUCAGCGCUAAGAAACUCAUCAAGAUGGCCAGGAAAUGGCAGAAGUUUGCUGCUAUGCAGAGGAAGAGGAUUACAUUUCCAAGAAAUGAUAGUGAUGCAGACAGUUGCAGUACAUCUUCAUCCUCUAUAGUUGAGAAAGGCCAUUUUGUAGUUUAUACAACUGAUCAAUCCCGCUUCGUCGUUCCAUUGGCUUACCUUGAAAAUGAGGUCAUUAGGCAACUUUUACGCAUGUCCGAAGAAGAGUUUGGGUUGUCAAGUGGUGGCCCUAUUACAUUACCCUGUGAUUCAGCCUUCAUGGAGUACAUCGUAUCACUAAUCAAGAAAGGCAUAACUGCUGGAGAUCUUCACAAAGCGUUGCUCCUAUCAAUUCCUUCUUUUUGCUGUUCGACUUCUUCUUUGCACCAAGAAAGUGGAAACCAACAGCUUCUUGUUUGUUGAGUCAAGGCCAACAUUCUUUUUUGUAAAUCUAGCUCAAAAUAGUUUUUAGAGGCGGACACUAAAUAGUAUACAAUUGUAAAGCACAUCAACAAAUUGAAUACUAUUUUACUAGAAAAUUUACCAUAUUCAUGGCUUUCAAUUUUAAAUUUGGUUAUGAGAA